AUGAAUCAAAUACUCUCAGGUAUACUAAAAUUUACAAAAGUUGGUAAAGACGCCUAUCUAAAACAGUUGAAAGGACUCGGUGAAAAAACAAAACCAUUAGCUGCUGUUAUUUCAUGUGUUGAUUCACGUGUUAUCCCAUCGAAAUUUCUAUGCUCAAAUAUUGGUGAAUUGUUUAUUGAAAGAAAUCCAGGGAAUUUUAUUUGUUUUGAAAAUUCAGCUUUAAGUCAAUUCAGUGAAGUUUGUGUUACACCAGGAUUUAUCGACUUUAUAUUGUUUCGAUGUAAAAUCAAUGAUAUAAUUAUAUGCGGUCAUUCAGAUUGUCGAGCAAUUGGUUUAUUGAAUAACUUUCGAAAUUGUAUACAUGAUCAUACAAUUCAUAAAAAUGUCAAUGAACCUGCUGUAACAGAACCAAGUCCCCUAGAAAAAUGGAUAUGGGAGAAUGGGAAGAAAACUUUACAAAAUUUUGAUCCUAAAUCAGAUAUUAUCAGUUUUUCGUCUUCUAUUCAUCCAGGCUGUCCAACACUUGAACUUGAUUUUACAAAAAUUAAUGAAUUAUCAGAAGUUGAUAAAUUAUCACAAGCAAAUGUAUUACAGCAAAUGGUAAAUGUCUACUCUUAUCAAAUGUUGUUAAGUCAACUUACCAAGAGAAGAUUACGUGUGCAUGGUAUGUGGUUCGCUUUACACUCAGGUGAUAUACACUUAUACAGUCGAUUGAAUAAAGCCUUUCUACCAGUUAAUCAAGAGACAAUAUCCAUGCUUACUAAAGAAGUGAACUAG